AUGCAACUAAAUGAAGAUGUUCUUUGCACUCUUCUUCUUCUGUUCAAGCCUCGAAGCUGCCCUCCCUCACCUCACUUCAACGGCCAUCAAACCAUCAAACCAUCCUUCCAAGUUUCACUCCAAAUACCUCCAUCACGAUCCACGUCCAUCACGCCCGUCGAUCCAUUUUUCAUUGACUGGAGUGGCCCAAACCUCGAGAUGGCCUAUGCGUCUCCGGUAGUUGUGCUGAAGAAAGGAGCCAAAAAAAGCAGUCAUGUUCGCCAUACGAGCAAGCAAACACAACCCCUCAGGCGCUUCAGGGAUGAAGAUGGCAAAGCGAGCAGUGACGGCAGAAAUAGACGGCUAUUGGGCUCUAGUGAUGAUGACGGUGAUUUCAUGGAUGACGGUUUCAUCAACCAUGACUUUCGGGUUGGGGGGCCAAACCUAUGCCCAUUACCCGCCGAAACAUACGAAAUUCAAGACAGCCAUCCGCUUUAUCCUAUCAUUGACGAACUCCAACGUCGAAUGCUGAGUUGGAUAUUUGCUGUUCUCCGAGAAUUUGACAUUGAAGAUGACCAUAUUGACCCUGUGGACGUUGUGGGAAGAGCAGAUAAAGACGAUUCCGAAGGCAUUCCUCAACUGACAGUAAUUAUUCUUGCAGCACGCACGGUUGUGGACGAUACGUGGCUCAAUGUGGCUAGAGUCAUUCAAGCUUCUCUUCUAUCAUACCUUCCGAUGGUGGCCGUGGAGAUUUCCACGGCUUGGAAAUUCGUUUUAGGCAGUGAUUGGGACUUUUUGGAACUUGCAGUCUUUAUUCCACAUUACCAGCUGAAAGACAAUAUUUUGGAACAAUUAUGA